GUAGCAGUUAACUGGGUAAUUUACACUUGGAAGAGAGUUUUAGAAGAUCUCAACAGCAUCUCUUCUGAAUCUCUUCUGAAUCCUUCAGAAUCUCGGCCCAAAGAAUAUGGGCAUCUGGAUUAUUUUACCCAUCUCACUCUCUGCUGUCUCAGUCAUCGGGUGCUGGGUGGUAUAUGGACUUGCAUUACACUACGACCAUGUCUGUCCACUUAGUAACUGGGAAUACAGAAACUCAUGUCUGCCAAAUGAAACAGGGAUUUGUUGCACACAUAAAAAUGUCCCUACCAUAAGUACAAGUGGGUCAUAUUUUCCAGAGAACUCCCUUUUUAGUGCUACGAUCAAUGCUGGUUCAUUCUUAUUCCUGGUUUUCUGUAUUUUCCAUCAUGCACAUGUCCUGGACCGAAGCAGCAUGCACUCCCUUCUUAGUAAAUUUGCUGUGGUAUUUGGCUCUGUCACAGCCAUCGGUGCUUUUGUGGCUGCAAACUGCAAUCCGACAGAGCUGGAGCUGCUGCAUAACCUAGGUGCUGCUCUGAGCUUUGUGUGUGUCUGCAUCUAUACUGCCCUGCUGACCUCUCUGACCAGCCGUUGUGCACUCACUGGGCUGGAGCACUUCCUCUACCCCUUACGCAUCAUCUCCAGCAGCAUCCAGGUCAUAAUGACCAUUCUCUACUGCAUUUUCUUUGUUCAAAAGGAGGACUACUACAAGCACAUCUCUGCCAUCUUUGAGUGGACACUCACCAUGAAUCUGGAGCUCUUUGAACUCAGUUUUGCUCUGGAGUUUUACUCUUUCUCCUCAUCAAUGCUUUCAGUACUACUUGAAGUAAGAGAUGAAGACAAGCCUCUCAUUUUGUCCUGAGGGUUGUCAUUUUGUCUGCAUCAGAUUACUUAAACCAAACGCUUGACAUUCUGGAAUGUCAUUCUGCAAACAUGCAAAUACAUUUGUGUAAUUUUAAAAAAUAUUUACAAAUGCAGUCCUUGACCCUGGUUGGAGACAUCUGCUGGCAGUGUUUCUGUAAAUGACAAAGCACAAGCAGGGCAAAUAGGAGCAUGUUCACAUUAUAUAUAUAUAAAAGUGUAUAUGGUGGGAAAGACCAAGGAAAAAAUAUAGUGCCUGUUGAGAACGUCUUUACCUCAUAUAAAUGGAAUGUCAAACAUAGUGUGUGCAGUAUUUUGUUCAGUACUGUGUAAUAAAUUCUAGGCAUAUCACAAAGUUGUGUGGGGCAACAUCAUUCAGAAACUCUGUAUUGCAAAUCUACACUGUGCUUGGCCAACAGAAGGCACUGGAGAGUUCAACUUUGCCAUCUAUGGUUAUAAAAUGUCUUCCACAUGAGACUAGGGUGCUGAAAUGUUGCAGUUUAGUAAACAACAACCAUUUUAACCAUUUAGUUGUAUCUGUGACAUUUUGGUGUUGGUACCAAAA